AUGUAUUUAAACGAUGCAGAACCAGAAGACGAGAAUGACGAGGCGGGGAAUGACAUGGGCAUGGAGCGAAUGUUUGAGGAGCUCAAUACAUUAAAGGGGACCGUAGACGGCCUGGAGACUCGUCUCAAAGAGACAGUGGACAGUGCUCUGAGUAGGGAUAUGGUUGAUGAAAUAGGCAAAGCCAACAGCAGCGAGCCGAUAAAUGAAGAGCCAGUGAGAAAAGCCCCACGUGAAAGUCCUGCAGCAGCCAGCAGCAAACUAGGAAGCAUCUUCGAAGAGAUACUGGAGGAGAGAGAAGUAGAAACCAGAGCAACAACCUCAUCCUCGGCCGUUUCAGAGGUGCAGAACUACCUCUCAGAACCAACCAUUCUCAGGAGAUUGCUAAGGCCCAAGAGGCGGACCCUUCCUGUCAAGAGCUCGGGCCGUCUGACCGCCAAGCAAGCCCGGGUCGCAUCCAUUACCAACUCCAACAGGACGUGUGGUACAGAAGAGUACCUUCCAAGUAUGGAGGUUUUAAUUACCAAGUGGUGGUUCCGGCCGCGUUGGUGCCCCAGUUCCUGUUGUACUAUCACCACAGUCCAUUUGGUGGACAUCUGGGCAGGAUGA